AUGACAUAUAAUUACGAGGCAGGAAUUCUGUUAGUUUUGAAUCCAAAUUUAAUUAACACGCCCAAUUUUCCUAGCGACCUGAAGGCGAAGGCGAAACGUUGGGAUGAGAAAGCUGUCGCUCACCUUCGUACUCGACGUCUCGAGAUCAUCGAGCAUCAAAAGGAGUUACACAGAAUUCGACGGAAGGAGUCGGACAUCAGCCUGAUGCAAAAUAGCAUCAAGCAGCUCGAAACCAGAGUGAAGUACAUGAUAACCGAUAAAGAAAAUAUAGAACAGCGGGUGCUGGCCAACCUGAACAGUGAACUGACGCAGCAUCGAAACGAGUACGACAUGUACACGCCUCAAAUGGUCGAUGUCGAAAACCGUAUGAAGGAGCGCGAAAAGAACAUCAGAGAUAGACAGAGCAGACUCAACGAGGUCACUGACCACGUGUUCACCAAUUUUUGUAGUCGUAUCGGCGUUACUAACAUUAGGCAGUACGAGGAACGAGAGGUGCGAUUCGAGCAAGAGAAGAGGAAAAAACUACUUGAAUUCGACGACCAUAUCGGAAAGCUAAAGAAUGAACUAGACUACCAAAAGUCAGAGGACAAUCGAGAAUCUGAGAAGAAGAUAGAACUGACUAAACAACAGCGAGUCGCGAGAAAGGCUGAAUUGGAGGAAAAGGAAAACGAGACCAAUGAGGUGAAGAAGCAGCUAGCGCAAGUACAAAAGGAGCAGACAUCGAUCCAGAAGCAGAUAUCAGCGAUGGAGGCAAAGAUUGAGCAUGAACGCUCUGAACGGCACCUGCUCUUGCAGACAUGCAAGAUGGAGGACAUCAAACUGCCCUUAGAUGAGCAGGGAUCGUCGUCAAGUAGUCUGCACAACCAAAGACGAAGCCAGAGUUCUCUGCCAUCAGGUAGUGCUUCGCAGGAUUCGAGCAUGCCGGAAAGUACGCAAGAGCAGUACCAGCGCGAGAACAUGAUCAGCGUCGACUAUUCACUGCUGACCUCAGAGCUUACGGCCAUCGACUCGAAGCCGGAGGUGCAGCGCGUCGCUGAGCACUUAGCGAAGGAGAUUUCAGAAAUGCAGGAACACCUUUGCCAAGUGGCUGCUCCAAACUCGAAGGCAGACGAACUACUGGAGGGCGCUCGCGAACGCCUCGCAGAAACGUCAGAGGAAUUCGAACAGGCGAAGAGAAAGGCGAAGAAGGCAAAGCUGGAGUUCGAAAAGAUCAAGAAGGAGCGGUGCGACCGCUUCAAUAAGUGUUUUGAACACGUUGCAGGUCACAUAGACGGCAUUUACAAGUCUCUGUCCAGAAACACAAGUGCACAGGCUUAUUUGGUGCCUGAGAAUCCGGAGGAGCCGUACCUUGAAGGUGUAUCGUAUAACUGCGUGGCCCCCGGAAAGAGGUUUCGGGCGAUGGACAACUUAAGCGGAGGAGAGAAAGCGCUGGCCGCUCUGGCGUUGUUGUUCGCCGUCCACUCUUACAACGCGGCGCCCUUCUUCGUUCUGGACGAAAUUGACGCUGCUUUGGACAACACGAACAUCGGAAAAGUCGCCAGAUUCAUAUGUGAAAAAUCAAAGGAAAACAUGCAGUUGAUCGUCAUAUCACUGAAGGAAGAAACAUACAAUCGGGCCGACGCGUUAGUCGGCAUCUACCCAUUGAUGGAAGAAAUCAACUGCAGCCAAAUACUGACCUUAGACUUGACCCAGUACAACGACAUGGUGGAAGAGACACAGGCAACUGCUACCGGCAGCGAAUCUUUUCGAACCACGGAACUAUCAUCAAUCGAGAUGGUCAGAUGA